CGGUCAGUCGCUGCGCCGCCGCGCUGCCGAGGGUUGUGGCGCCCGUGUCCGGAGAGAGGGAGGAGCACAGGGAGAGAGCGGGAGAGCUGGUCUCGCACACAAACAGGGCGGCAGACAUGAAGGUGCUAUUGGCUUUAUUGUCGGCGGUGCUGCUAGCCAGUCAGGUUCGGGCAGCCAGCAUCAUUUUCCCCGGCGGCGAGCCCGAGCCGGGGCCCCCUCAGCAGUCGGAGACAUCGCGCCACUCGGAACCCCCGCGGCAGCAGCUGGUGUUCAGACAGACGCCGAAAUGUGCCCAGAACCCGACCGGCAUCUGCUCCACCAGAGACACACAGGACUACCCCACUGAGCUGAUCCGGCUGGCGCUGGCCAACGCCAACGAGGCUGCUCUCUCGGAGAUUACCCGUGGGGACGACAGGGUCAACACGAGCCUGACACUGGGGAACCGGUUCGGCGGAACAGACGCCGAGGACAACAGCCUCAUGGAGGCCUGUGCCACCGUGGAGGACUUUAUCUACCCGACAAUGGCGAGAAACGUCGAGAAGGAGUGGAAAUUUGUGGCCAACGUGGACUCGAUGACUCAGAGCAUUCGCGUGGAAAAGUGCCAGGACGAGGGCAAGCCGUGCAAGAUCAGCGAGACGGGGACGAUCUGUCGCCAAAAGUACAUCUACCGCAAGCUGUUGGCCAUGGACGGCAACCAGCGGCUGGAGGCGGACAACUUCCGCAUCCCCAGCACCUGCGUUUGCUACAUCAAGAACGCGUUCCUGCUGAACUCACGGUUCAAGGACACCACCGCCUCCAACAAGUCGUCGCGCCGGGACAAGCGCCGCUCCCGCUCCCGCUCCCGGUCCCGGCGCCAGACGGCGGACAGCGGGUUCGCCUUCUCCGGCGGAGAGACCGACGGUCUGAGCGGCUCGCCGCUGGACAACUCGCUGUCUGGCGGCGCGCCGGCGCAGGGCACCGCCCAGCAGAGCAUCGAGACGGAGGACACGCUCAGUCCCUCCGACACCAUCGGCAGGCAGAAGGUCCGCUUCGCCGGAGAGAUUGUCGUCGAGUCCAACCCCAUCAUCGUCCAGAAAAAGCCGCCCAAGUCGGCCGGCCGGCGGAACUGAGCGCGGCGCCACCUGCGGAGGACGGCCACAAGCUGCAGUUCCGAAUCCUGCCGCCGUGGCGCUGCUGUCGGCGCGGGGAAAUAUGGCGGGUGUGGCGGUUAUUUCAAAUGUGGCUGGAUCUGGCACGGGAUCCGAGAGAUCUGAAAGUGAUUGUGUGUUUCCGGGUCAAAUGUUUAAGCGAAGGCCCUGAAGGCCUCAAAGAGACAGUUUCAAUGUCUAAGAGAUAUAAUUUCCAGGCGAAUGAAGUGUCAAAAAUGCACCGAGCUAGAAAAUGGAGCCAGUGACGAGGCCAUUGUUCCACCAUUCAUUGCUAAAUGUAUUUUCCGGAGGAGCAUUGCUGGGCCGGGCCCGCAUUAGAAGACGGAAGAUAUCUCGCAGGAAACUGAUUUUGGAGUUAAAUUUGUUUCGGUAGUACAACCAAAAAAAGGGAAAUAUAUUUUCAAUCAUUAAUAUUUUUAUUGUGCUUGUGUGUUAAGUUGAUAACAGUAGGUAUGUACCUAUAAACAUUCACCUUUUAUAAUUAGACCGAGACCAUGUGAUGUGUGUAGUAGGCUGUUGCAUAUUCAGAAUACAUCAUUUGUUUAUGUAUAUCGGCGAGCGUCUCAGCUUCUAAAGGAUUGGAGUCCGUCGGUAUAUAGGGCCUCGGGUGUCCGUUUAAAACCACGCAAGCGCCAGGCUUUAUGUUUGUGUUCUACUACCUAUAUACCACAAUCCACAGUGACCAGUUGGGGACCCGAGUGCUGCUGAUGGAACAUAGCCGCGUGUUGUAAAACAUGAUAAUACGUGGCGCGGUGUGUGUCGAGCAGGCCGAGACCUUUGGUUCUGAAGAGCGCAUGCGCUACUGAAUGUGUGCUGCAAAUAAUGCGAAAGUUUAACAAAAAAUUAGCGCUUAUCAGUUUCCGCGAAAUAAGCUGCGGAAUGCGCAUGUUAUUCGUCCGCCCGCAACCCGCCAACCAUUGCUUAUAGACGACAGGAUAGACAUCAGGCGUUUUUUGUUUUGUUAAGUUCUACUUGGCUUCUAAAAUGAAAAACUCAUACAUUUUUGCAUGUUUUUAAUAAAAUACGACUAAAUUUCCAA